CUAGGCAGAGGACCAGGAUGUUGGCGUUGCAAGCAGUGCCUGCAGUUUAGUGCUGUUCAGUGCACCACUGUGUAGGAGCUGAGAGCCCGAGAGUGAAUCUCUACACCAGGAAACUUGUCCAUUCAGGAAUCUGAUGGCAGAGAGGAAGAAGCUGCUCCUGAACCGCUGAGUGUGUGGGCCCUCAGGCUCCUGCACCUCCUCCUUGAUGGUGGCAAUGAGAAGAGGCAUGUCCUGAGUGGUGGGAAGAAACGUUGGUCUGGAAGGAGGAUACCAAUGAAAUCUGGAAGAUCACACAGAUUGGAUUCACAGCCCUGGUGGAUGUGAGCAGACGCCCGUCUGAACCAUGGCUGAUAUAGAUGCACUACCCGAACAGCUGCUGCUCAAAAUCCUUUCCUACGUUCCUCCGAAAGAGCUGGUUUACAUCUGUAGACCUGUCUGCCAGCAGUGGAAGGAGCUUGUGGACGGACUAAACCUGCAACCUCACAGUGAAGGCUUGCCAAAGGGAAGGCAAGCUAUAACAGCAGAGGACUGGGAUGCAUUUUACUUUUGCACGUCUGCGAAAAAAAAUCUAAUUAGGAAUCCAUGUGGAGAAGAGGAAUUCAACUUCUGGGAGCUGAUUGAUAACGAUGGGAAUGGAUGGAAAGUGGAAGAACUUCCUGGAGACAGUGGGAAGCCCUUCCCUGAUCAAAAUAUCCAGAAGUAUUUUGUUACAUCUUUUGAAUGGUGUCGAAAAACUCAGCUGGUCAAUCUGGUCUCCGAAGGAUUGGGCGCUGAGAAUUUGGACAGUCUUCAACCCACCAUCACUGUGAAGGACUGGUAUGCAGGAAGGCACGACUCGGGCUUCUUCUAUGAACUGCACGUUGAACUUCUGUCUGAAGACAUGAGCGUGAUCCAGGAGUACAAGUCUGACCAGAUUGAGGUCCCACAGUGGAGUGAUGCAGAAUGGAAGCAGAUAUCAAACACUUUCACUGACUAUGGGCCUGGUGUCCGCUAUGUGAAGUUCACACAUGGAGGAAAAGACUCCCAGUUUUGGGGAGGAUGGUACGGAGCCAGAAUCACCAACAGCACUGUCACCGUGGAGCAAUAACCGGCCUCCAAACUGGUCGGCCGUUGCAUUUGCAACCAACUUUGCAACAUUGUUAUGUUAACUGGCAUGGUCUGAGUUUCCUAGCAGAUCCCAGUACAGUUCAUGUCACUGGACAUAGAUGGGAUUCAGGGUGUGGGUGAGAGGGGAGAGACAGCUUUUAAUCCCAAAAGAAAUUGAUACCCACCUGUUCAAAGCAAAGUCACACGGAUGACUUAAUUUGCAGAAUGCCAAAGACUAUGCCCUCUUCCUCCUUUUCUCCACAUCAAAUAAAAUCAUAUUGACCUAUGCCAGGUCAAAGGGAAGAUAAAUAUAGUGACUUACUUAAUCUUAACCUGACCAAAGAUCACACAUUUGCCUGCAACAUACAGCAUGAUCUUGCUACUUUGGUGUUCAGAAUACUGAAGGUAAUAGCAAACCAGGAAGGAUUAAUCAUUCUGCAGCUAUAAGCAUGAACCAUUCCAUACUUUUCACACACUGUUAAGUCCACGAGGGCCUUUUUAAUUUAGCAGGAUACUGAAUGUUUCGGAUAACCUCUUGGUAUCAGUCAGAGUUUACCAGUGCUUCCAAAGUCCAUCAAAUUAAUUUGGUUUGAGGUUAAGAUUCUACUGGCUUUAAAGCUCACAUUUAACAAAACAUCUUAUUUAAUAACCUGAAUAUUUUUAUUAUUGCUUUUUUUUGUACAUCAAGCAAUAAGCACCAAAAAGAAGAAUCACUCCCCGCCAAAGCCCUAUUUGGAAAAUGGCUUUUAUUUUUUUCACUUCCAGUGACAACUAACACAAGGAUGCCGAGCUCAUAUUUUAAUUUAGUUUGAUUUGUGAGUGACUUUUAUAAUAGGCAUCCGUUAGUCUUGUGAGACCAUGGAUUUGCACCUUGGAAGGUUUCCAGGGCGCAGGCCUGGGCAGGGUUGUAUGGGAGACCGGCGGUUGCCCAAGCUGCAGGCCUUCCCCUCUCCACGCCACCGAUGUUGUCCAAGGGAAGGGCACCAGGACCCAAGCAGCUUGGCACCAGUGUCGUCGCAGAGCAAUGUGUUGUUUAAGUGUCUUACUCAAGGACACAAUGCGCUACCUCAGCUGAGGCUCGAACCAGUGACUUUCAGAUCACUAGACCGAUGCCUUAUCCACUAGGCCACGCGCCAACACACUUGACUUUUAAUACGUGUAUAUUGAGCAUUCAUAUGCUUUUGUUCACCACUGUCACACCAGUUCGCUGGUGAACAAAUCUUUGGGCAAAAGCAUAUGCAAGAAUGGGGAAAGAAGCAAAAGAUAUUUGUAGUUACGUGAAAGGAAGUGAAGAUAUGAUUGAAGAAGUAAUUUUUACUGGUAGGGAAGACACAAGCAAUCUCCCAGAUGUAAUAGUGGCCAAAGGAACUAGGGUAAAGGAUGAACUGAAGGAAAUGUAUAUUAGGCAAGAAACGGUGUUGGAUAGACUGUUGAGUCUGAAGGCUGAUAAAUCCCUGGGACCUGAUGGUCUGCAUCCCAGGGUACUUAAAGAGAUGGCUCUAGAAAUCGUGGAUGCAUUGGUAAUCAUUUUCCAAUGUUCUAUAGAUUCAGGAACAGUUCCUGCUGAUUGGAGGGUGGCUAAUGUUGUCCCACUUUUCAAGAAAGGAGGGAAAGAGAAAGCAGGGAUUUAUAGACCAGUUAGCCUGACGUCAGUGAUGGGAAAGAUGCUGGAGUCCAUUAUUAAAGAGGAAAUUACGACACAUUUGGUUGGCAGUAGAAGGAUCAGUCCGAGUCAGCGUGGAUUUAUGAAGGGAAGAUCAUACUUGACUAAUCUUCUGGAGUUUUUUGAGGAUGUAACUAUGAAAAUAGACAAGGGAGAGCCAGUGGAUGUAGUGUACCUGGACUUCCAGAAAGCUUUUGAUAAAGUCCCUCAUAGGAGAUUAGUGGGCAAAAUUAGGGCACAUGGUAUUGGGGGCAGAGUACUGACAUGGAUUGAAAACUGGCUGGCUGACAGGAAACAAAGAGUAGUGAUUAACGGGUCCCUUUCGGAAUGGCAGGCUGUGACCAGUGGGGUACCGCAAGGUUCGGUGCUGGGACCGCAGCUGUUUACAAUAUACAUUAAUGAUUUAGAUGAAGGGAUUAAAAGUAACAUUAGCAAAUUUGCUGAUGACACAAAGCUGGGUGGCAGUGUGAAAUGUCAGGAGGAUGCUAUGAGAAUGCAGGGUGACUUGGACAGGUUGGGUGAAUGGGCAAAUGUAUGGUAGAUGCAGUUUAAUGUGGAUAAAUGUGAGGUUAUCCAUUUUGGUGACAAGAACAGGAAGGCAGAUUACUAUCUAAAUGGAGUCAAGUUAGGAAAAGGGGAAAUACAACAAGAUCUAGGUGUUCUUGUACAUCAGUCAAUGAAUAUAAGCAUGCAGGUACAGCAGGCAGUGAAGAAAGCUAAUGGCAUGCUGGCUUUUAUAACAAGAGGAAUUGAGUAUAGGAGUAAAGAGGUCCUUCUGCAGCUGUACAGGGCCCUGAUGAGACCCCACCUGGAGUAUUGUGUGCAGUUUUGGUCUCCAAAUUUGAGGAAGGACAUUCUUGCUAUUGAGGGAGUGCAGCGUAGGUUCACAAGAUUAAUUCCCGGAAUGGCAGGACUGUCAUAUGUUGAAAGAUUGGAGCGACAGGGCUUGUAUACACUGGAAUUUAGAAGGAUGAGAGGGGAUCUGAUUGAAACAUAUAAGAUUAUUAAGGGGUUGGACACACUGGAGGCAGGAAGCAUGUUCCCGCUGAUGGGUGAGUCCCGAACUAGAGGCCACAGUUUAAGAAUAAGGGGUAGGCCAUUUAGAACAGAUGAGGAAAAACUUUUUCACCCAGAGAGUGGUGGAUAUGUGGAAUGCUCUGCCCCAGACGGCAGUGGAGGCCAAGUCUCUGGAUGCAUUCAAGAGAGAGUUAGAUAGAGCUCUUAUAGAUAGUGGGGUCAAGGGAUAUGGGGAGAGGGCAGGAACAGGGUAGUGAUUGUGUAUGAUCAGCCAUGAUCACAGUGAAUGGUGGUGCUGGCUAGAAGAGCUAAGUGGCCUACUCCUGCACCUACUGUCUAUUUCAAAUGGGUUAAGCUUUACAAGGGAAAAAAGUUAAUGUGCUUCUUGUGUUUUUUUUAUAAAAUCAAAAAAAUUUGAUUUUGCAAAACAGAAUUGACCAAAAUAAAGGCCAUAACAUGCAAAUCCUAAUUACAUAUAUAACAUUUAAAGCUUUCAUCUGUAAAGAUAACUCUACUGAUUAUUUAGCUUCGCACUCCUCACAGAUAAUUUCCAAGGUAUUCUUUACAUUAUCAAAUUACAAUAUAAGAAUAUAUCACUUAA